UCUAUCUGACACACCAAACUAGUUAUUGAAACACAUAAAAGUAUAGAAAGGUUAAUUAGCUAUAAUAAUUUUGUGAGCAAUGGCCAUUUCCAAGCCUUUUGUUGUUCUUGCUCUUCUCUCUAUGCUGCUUCUUGUUCACGCUCAUGAAUUGGUGAAUGAAAAUGAUGGGAAAAGUUUUGCUGAUUCCAAAAUAGAUUGUGGGUCAGCAUGUAAGGCGAGGUGUAGGUUAUCAUCCCGGCCAAACUUGUGCCACAGGGCGUGCGGAACUUGUUGUGCCCGUUGCAGUUGUGUUCCACCAGGCACUUCUGGUAACCAAAAGGUUUGCCCUUGCUACUACAACAUGACUACACAUGGUGGUAGACGAAAGUGCCCUUGAAGCGUCGUUUACGGCCUAUACCUUGUACAACUUUGAUGUCACGCCUUGAUUACGUUUAUAAUGUAUUGUAUUGUGUUGUAUACUUCUUCAUUUGAUGAGUCUUGUUUCAGUGAUUGUUAUUUAUUUCAUGUAUUAUUGAGGUUUAAUAAGGUCAAAUUCAGAAUAAGUGGGUUGUAAUGAUAUAUAUUUUUGUUUGUACAAUUAAAGUUGUAUAUAAUAAAUCUGAAUUUGCUGUAA